GCCAAAUUAGAAGUCUUGGUAACAAAACCAGUGCAGUGCUACUUUCUCUUAAGUUUUUUUUUUCUCUCUCUCUCCUUUCCUAUCUGCAGCUUGUGAGGGGAUGCUACACGGCAGUAAGAACUAAUCUUGGCAGUUGCUCAGUUAUUUUUUUUUUCCCCCUCCUGGAUCUGUACCACCACAGUGGAGAGUGAGCAAGCUCUCAUGCUCCUGUGUGCAAUGUGCUCUUAAUCCCGCAGGACGUUUGUAUGCUGUGCGCUUUGGGAACCUGUAGUAGUGAAGUUUUAAAUGAAGAACUCUGUGAAGUGAAGGUUUCAUAGCAUGUAGCCAUGAGAGCUCAGUUUCUGGGUUUUGAGAGAAUAUAUGCUGGUCCUUCUUUCCUCCUAAGGAUGGAAGAAUGAUGGGAUGGCUGUAAAUAUGGGCCACUGGGCAGGCACACAGACCUUUCUUCUCUGCCUCGCCCUCCUAUCCCUCCAGCUUUUCUCCUGCUGUUGCCAAAGCCUGCAGGAUCCAGAAAAUGUACCUCACUUCGUCUUCACACGUUCACUUUACAAUGCUACAGUUUAUGAGAACUCAGCUGCUAGAACCUAUGCCAACAGUAAAGUUAAAAUGGGGAUUACUUUAGUGCAUCGCUCAUGGGAUAUAAAAUACAGGAUUAUUUCUGGAGAUGAAGAAGGGUUUUUCAAAGCAGAGGAGUUUGUUCUUGGAGAUUUCUGCUUCUUACGGAUUAGGACUAAAGGUGGGAAUUCUGCCAUUUUAAACCGUGAAAUACAGGAUAGUUACAUGCUGACAGUGAAAGCCUCUGUCCGAGGGGAGGACUUGGAAACAUGGACAAAGGUAAACAUACAGGUUUUAGACAUGAAUGACCUUCGCCCUUUGUUUUCACCUACAACUUAUUCUGUCACUAUACCUGAGAGCACCCCACUAAGAACUAGCGUAGCACAAGUGACAGCCACAGAUGCAGACAUUGGCUCCAAUGGAGAGUUUUAUUAUUUCUUCAAAGAGAAGGUUGACCUUUUUGCAGUUCAUCCCACAAGUGGGGUGGUCUCUUUGAGUGGCAAGUUAAAUAUUGAUGAGAAAAACAGAUAUGACCUGGAAAUCUUGGCAGUUGACCGGGGAAUGAAAUUAUAUGGAAACAAUGGAGUGAGCAGCACAGCAAAGCUCUUCAUUCAUAUUGAACGUGUUAAUGAACACGCACCAACUUUAAGUGUUGUCACACAUAUCCCUUCUCUACUGGACAAAGACCCCACGUAUGCUGUAGUUUCUGUUGAAGACUUGGAUGAUGGAGCAAAUGGAGAAAUAGAAUCAGUUUCCAUUGUAGCUGGGGAUCCUCUGGACCAGUUUCGUUUGGUGAGAGGAGCAGGAGUCAAUGAAUACAGAAUAAAAGCUUCAGAACCAGUAGACUGGGAUCAUUUCCCUUACGGCUAUAAUUUAACACUGCAGGCAAAGGACAAAGGCUUUCCCCAGAAGUUUUCUGCUGUUAAGGUCGUCCACUUGUAUGUCAAUAGACCAAAGCCUGUUGAAAUCAAGUUUGAAAAGGCAGUUUAUGAAGUAAAGCUCAGUGAGAUUUCACCUCCUGGGAUUACUGUUGCAGUUGUUAAACUUUCCCCUGAACCUGAAGAUGUGGAAUACAUUCUGAGCCCUGGUGAAGAUUCUAAGUAUUUCAAGAUCAAUUCCUUAACUGGAUUAAUAACAACAGCCCGUCCUGUUAGUAACCUAAAUCAAGAGUUGUUUGAGCUUGAGGUGGUUGAGUUAGACAGUGAAUUAAGAAUAAGUGUGAGGGUUACUAUUGAGGAUUCUAAUGACCACACACCUCUGUUUCUACAGCCCUCUUAUGAGGUGUUUGUAAAUGAAAGCAUUCCAAUUGGAACCCACAUUUUAACUGUUUCUGCUUUGGAUAACGAUAGAGGAGAAAAUGGGUAUAUAACUUACAGCAUUGCCAGUCUCCAAACCUUGCCUUUUACAAUCAACCAGUUCACUGGUGUUGUAAGCACAAACAAAGAGCUUGACUUUGAAUCCUUAUCUGAGAGCUUUGUGUUUGUUGUAAGGGCCUCUGAUUGGGGUUCACCUUACCGCCGUGAAAGUGAGGUCAAUGUCACUGUUCACAUAGAAAAUGUCAAUGACAACCAUCCCCUGUUUGAGAAAAUAGCCUGUCAGGGUAUAAUUUCUUAUGAUUUCCCAAUUGGGGAGGUGAUCACUACUAUGUCAGCCAUAGACAUUGACGAAAUAGAGUUAGUAAAGUAUAAGAUCCUCUCAGGCAAUGAACGAGGAUUUUUUGAUCUAAAUCCUGAUUCUGGUGUGCUGGUCUUAAAGAAAUCUCUAAUGACCGCCAAUCCAAAAAACGGGGUCUUCAAUUUAAAAAUAACAGCAACAGAUGGGGAAAACUUUUCGGACCCAAUGUUUGUCAACAUCUCCAUUGUACACGGAAAAAUGCCUUCUAAGAGCUUUACCUGCAAAGAAACCAGAGUUGCUCAGAAGUUAGCUGAAAAGUUACUCAAAAAGGCUAAAGCGAACAGCAAGACCAAGGCAGAAGAUGAAUUUCUAGAUCUCUUUUCAGUCAACAGGCAGACUCCACAAUUUGAUAAAUCUUUUCCUUCAGAGAUAUCUGUGCGAGAGGACCUUGAAAUUGGAGCUAGUGUCUUUAGGGUCAAGGCUUAUGACGGAGACACUGGCUUCAAUGGCCAGGUUUUGUAUACAAUCUCCGAUGGCAACAAAGACAGUUGUUUCAACAUUGACAUGGAAACUGGAUUAAUAACCAUCUUGAUGCCUAUGGACCGCGAAAAAACAGAUAGGUAUCUCCUCAAUAUCACCAUUUAUGAUUUAGGCUUGCCACAGAAAUCAACGUGGCGGCUCUUGACUGUCAAUGUGGAAGAUGCUAAUGACAACACCCCACAGUUUUUACAGGAGAGCUAUAAUGCCGUUAUUCCCGAAAACACUGUAAUUGGCACUGAGGUGAUUCAGGUAGAAGCAACAGAUAAAGACUUAGGGCCUAAUGGGGCUAUUUAUUAUACAAUGUUGACAAGCACAACUCAGUUUGGGAUUAACAGCACAAAUGGAAUUGUUUACGUUGCUGGCCAGCUUGACAGAGAAUUUCUAUCAGUUUUUAAUUUAAAAAUAGAGGCCCGUGAUAAAGCAGAGAGAGGGAGUCAAAGGUUUGCAGUGUCAACACUCAGGAUAUCCCUGGAUGAUGUCAAUGACUGCUCUCCAGCUUUUAUUCCUAGCUAUUACAAUGCAAAAGUUCUUGAAGAUUUGCCUGUUGGCACUGUUAUAGCCUGGCUUGAGACACAGGAUCCUGAUCUUGGAUUAGGUGGCCAGGUCAGAUAUUCCCUGGCAAAUGACUACAAUGGAAAAUUUGAGAUCGACAAAGCUAGUGGAGUGAUUCGACUUGCCAAGGAGUUGGAUUAUGAGAAGCAGCAAUUCUAUAACUUGACAGUACGGGCCAAGGAUAAAGGCCGCCCUGUGUCUCUUCUCUCUGUGUCUUUUGUGGACGUUGAAGUGGUGGAUGUCAACGAGAAUCUGUACCCGCCAUAUUUUUCUGAUUUUGCUCUGAUAGGCUCAGUUAAGGAAAACUCUCGGAUUGGCACAAGUGUUCUCCAGGUCACUGCAAGAGAUGAUGAUAUGGGACGGGAUGGAGAAAUCCAAUAUUCCAUACGAGAUGGAAGUGGCCUGGGACGAUUUUCUAUUGAUGAAGAAACAGGUAUAAUCUACACCACUGAUAUGCUGGAUCGUGAGACCAAGGACUCUUACUGGCUCACUGUUUAUGCCACUGACCAUGGUGUUGUGCCUUUGUACACUGCCAUCGAAAUAUACAUUCAAGUGGAGGAUGUGAAUGACAAUGCGCCUCUGACCUCCGAACCCAUUUACUACCCUUCAGUUAUGGAGAAUUCCCCAAAGGAUGUGUCGGUGAUACAGAUAAUAGCACAGGAUCCUGACUCCACUUCAGGAGACAAGCUGACUUACAGAAUCUCUAGUGGGAACCCGCAGAACUUUUUUGCUAUAAACGCCAAGACAGGCCUCAUAACAACAACCACAAGAAAGUUAGAUCGAGAACAACAGGCAGAACAUGUUUUAGAGGUGACGGUUAUGGAUGGCGGCCCUCCUUCAAGACAUUCGACUGUCUGGGUGAUGGUGAACGUACUGGAUGAGAAUGACAACAAGCCCCAGUUCCCUGAAAAAGUGUACCAAAUUAAAUUGCCUGAAAGGGACCGCAAGAAAAGGGGAGAUCCAAUCUACAGGGUGUUUGCCUAUGACAGAGAUGAGGGCCCGAAUGCAGACCUCUCUUACAGUAUAGUAGAUGGAAACGAGGAUGGGAAAUUUUUUAUCGACCCGAAAACCGCAGUGGUGUCCUCUAGGAAGCAGUUUACAGCUGGAAGUUAUGACAUCCUGACAAUAAAAGCAUUAGACAAUGGACGUCCACAGAAAUCAUCUACAGCACGUCUACAUAUUGAGUGGAUAAAAAAGCCAGUGCCGUCCCCUGUCCCUCUGGUCUUUGAUGAACCCUUCUACAACUUCACAGUGAUGGAGCAUGAUAAAGUAUCCGAGAUUGUGGGGGUGGUCUCCAUGCAGCAGCCAGCCACUCCUUUGUGGUUCGACAUCACUGGUGGCAAACAUUCCCGGGAGAUGUUCUAUAUUCUUCAAACAGCUUGUGGCAGGAAUUGUUCAACAGAAGGUGGAAACUAUGACAGCAUAUUUGACAUUGAAAAAGGCGUGGGGACGAUUGUCAUUGCAAAGCCACUGGAUGCAGAGCACAAGUCAUUGUACAACAUGACUGUAGAGGUGACUGAUGGAACCAAUGCAGCCUCCACACAGGUGUUUGUUACAGUGCUGGAUAACAAUGACAAUGGCCCAGUGUUCUCCCAGCCUAGUUAUGACAUCACCAUCUUGGAGGACACACCUGCUGACACAGAGGUUCUCCAGGUAGUAGCCACGGAUAAAGAUGAGAAGCAUAAACUGAGCUACUCCAUCCAUAGCAGCAUUGACCCCGCCAGCAUGCGCAUGUUCAGGAUAGACCCUGGCACAGGAACAAUAUACACAACAGAGAGACUGGACCAUGAGUCACGUGCCCAGCACAUCCUCACUGUCAUGGUGAGAGACCAGGAAUUUCCAUAUCGAAGAAACUUGGCACGGGUCCUUGUUUAUGUUGAGGAUACAAAUGACCACGUCCCCUAUUUCACCAGUGCUCUUUAUGAGGGGUCUGUGUUUGAGUCAGCUGCCAUUGGGACUGCCGUAAUACAGGUCACAGCUUUAGACAAGGAUAAAGGGGAAAAUGCAGAACUCUUAUACUCAAUAGAAGCAGGAAAUACUGGAAACACUUUCAGGAUUGAACCAGUGCUGGGCAUCAUAUCAGUCGCCAGAGAGCUGGACCUUGCCUCUAUUGGCCAUUAUGUCAUCACCGUGAGAGUUACUGACAAUGGUUCUCCUCCAUUGGGUGCUACUACAAUGGUCCGGAUCUCAGUGACCCUCUCUGACAACUCCAGUCCUAAGUUCCCUCAGAAAGAAUAUCAUGCUGAAAUCAAUGAAAAUGUGGUUGUUGGUACAUCAGUCAUCCUAAUUGCUGCUGUGAGCCAGUCUACUUUGAUAUAUGAAAUCAAGCAUGGAAAUAGCGAAAGAGCAUUUAAAAUUAAUCAAUAUUCAGGAGUCAUUACCACUCAAAAACUUCUUGAUUAUGAAACUGUUACUUCAUAUCUGUUGAUCAUUCAGGCAACCAACAUGGCAGCAAUGGCUUCUAAUGUUACCGUUAAUAUUCAGAUCAUUGAUGAAAAUGACAAUCCCCCAAUAUUUCAACAGCUAAGGUACACAGGAAGUAUUAGCGAAGCUGUUCCCAUCAACAGUAUUGUUUUGUGUUCUGACAACAGCCCCUUGGUUAUAAAAGCUACGGAUGCUGACAAAAACCAAAAUGCCCUCUUGGUAUAUCAGAUAGUAGAAGAUACAGCUAAAAUGUUUUUUACAGUGGAUUCAAGCACGGGGUCCAUAAGGACCAUUGCUAACCUGGACCAUGAAACAUUUGCACGUUUUCACUUUCAUGUACAUGUAAGAGACAGUGGCAAGCCCCAGUUAACAGCAGAAAGUCCUACUGAGGUCACUAUCCAAGUAAUUGACACAAAUGACUCCCCGCCUAAGUUUUCUCAGGAUGUCUACGAAACCAUUUUGUUACUUCCAACAUACAUAGGGGUAGAGGUUCUCAGGGUUUCAGCCACUGAUCCUGACUUAAACGUCCCAUCUGAACUUAUUUACACCUUAGCAGAAGGAAGCAUGGACCAUUUUUCAAUGGAAUCCACCAGUGGCAUUCUUACUGUAAAGAACAAUAAUUUUUCUAAAGACCGCUAUCGAUUUAAUGUGAAAGUUUCUGAUGGGAAGUUCUCCAGUACUGCUUUGAUCACCAUAUUAGUUAAGGAAGCAAUGGAGAGUGGUCUUUACUUUACACAUAAUAUGUAUUCUACUUCUAUCCUUGAGAAUAAAACCAACAUUACAAAAGUGGCUGUAGUCAAUGCUGUAGGAAACCGUCUGAAUGAACCUCUGAAAUACAGUCUUUUGAAUGCCGGCACCAAGUUCAGGAUUAAGUCAACAUCAGGAGUGAUUCAGACAACUGGAGUUCCUUUUGAUAGAGAAGAACAGGAGUUUUAUGAACUUGUCGUGGAGGCUAGCCGUGAACAUGACCUUUUGCGAGUAGCAAGGGUGAUGGUAAAAGUCCAAGUUGAAGACAUCAAUGAUAACCCACCAGUGUUUGUUGGUCUUCCAUACUAUGCUGCAGUGCAGGUAGAAGCUGAACCUGGGUCUCCAAUAUAUCGAGUCACAGCAGUGGACCGAGACAAAGGGAUUAAUGGGGAAGUGGCCUACUACUUAAAGGAUGAUCAUGGACACUUUGAGAUCAACAGACAUACUGGUGACCUCACUCUGAAAAAAGCCUUUGAGUCUGACUUGUCCAAUGCUGAAUAUGAGGUUGUUGUUUUUGCAAAAGAUGGUGGCUACCCUUCUCUUUCUAGUACCAUUGAGUUUCCAAUCACUGUGGUGAAUAAAGCCAUGCCUGUUUUUGAUAAGUCUUUCUACGUAACUUCUGUUAACGAGGACAUUGCGGCUCAUACACCCAUUCUUAGUAUUAAUGCUACCAGUCCUGAAGGUCAGAACAUUAUAUAUACAAUAGUGGAUGGUGAUCAUUCUUCACAAUUUAAUAUUGACUUUGACACUGGGAUUCUAAGUGUUAUUAAUUCACUAGACUAUGAGGUCACUCCGCUGUUUCGGCUGAUUGUAAGGGCAACUGAUUCCCUAACAGGAGCCAGAGCUGAAGUUGAUGUGGAUAUAACUGUGCUUGAUGUAAAUGACAAUGCUCCGGUGUUUGAAAAAAUGUUCUACAAAGCAACCUUGGCCGAAACCGCCAUGAUUGGGACCCCUGCUGUUCAAGUUGUGGCAACAGACAAGGAUUCUGAAAAAAAUAACAUAAUGCGCUACCAAAUUUUUUCAGAUGUAUAUAACAGCACUGACUAUUUUCAUAUAGACAGCAGCAGUGGGCUGAUAUUGACAGCUCGCAUGCUAGACCAUGAAAUGAUACAGCAGUACAACUUUAUUGUUAGAGCAACUGACAAUGGAUUCCCUCCACUAAGCAGUGAAGUAUCAGUUACUGUCUAUGUGAAUGAUAUGAAUGAUAACCCACCAGUCUUCAAUCAGCUACUCUAUGAAUCAUACGUCAGCGAACUUGCUCCAAAGGGACAUUUUGUGACCUGUGUCCAAGCAUCCGAUGCAGACAGUUCUGAUUUUGACAAACUAGAGUACAGCAUAUUGUCAGGGAACGAGCGAAUGAAUUUUGUAAUGGACAGUAAAACAGGUGCCAUCACAUUGUCAAACCACCGUAAGCAAAGGAUGGAACCCGUGCACAGCCUGAAUGUUUCCGUGUCAGAUGGUGUCUUCACUAGUACUGCCCAGGUUCAUAUUAAGGUUCUCGGAGCAAACCUCCACAGUCCUGUUUUCACUCAAAGCGUGUAUGUCGCAGAGGUCCGGGAAAAUGCAGCUUUGGGCUCAAAGGUAUUUCAGGUGAAGGCAACUGAUGUAGAUUCUGGACCAUUUGGACAAAUCACUUAUUCAUUUGUCAAUGAUUUAGGUAAUGAUCAGUUCUCCAUUGACGUCAACGGUCAGAUUACAACAAUGGAAAAACUGGACAGGGAAAGCCCUGCAAACAAAAAUAUUAUUCUGACUGUAAUGGCUUUGGAUGGUGGUGGUAAAGCUUCUUUUUGCACUGUCAGAGUGAUAUUAGUGGAUGAAAAUGACAAUGCCCCUCGCUUCAGAGCAGUAGAGUAUAGGGCUAGUGUCAAAGCAGAUGCUGGGAAGGGUUUCCUGGUCACACAGAUUCAGGCUCAUGACCCAGACGAUGGAGCCAAUUCUAGGAUUACUUAUUCGCUUUACAGUGAGGCACAUGUUCCUGUGGUGGACAUUCUCGAAAUAGAUCCUGACAAUGGGUGGAUGGUCACCAAAGGUAGCUUUAACCACUUGAAAAAUUCUAUCCUUUCAUUCUUUGUAAAAGCUGUCGAUGGAGGAAUUCCUAUGAAACAUUCUCUUGUACCUGUUUACAUCCAUGUCUUGUCUCCUGAAACAAUAAUACCUUCCUUCACCCAGCCACAGUACUCUUUUACAGUCCCAGAAGACAUCCCCAUAGGAGCUGCACUUGGUUCUGUCCACCUUGCCCUGGGGCAGUCUGCAAUGUUUACCAUAGUCAAUGGAGAAAUGGGAGAAAACAACCAAGAAGAGGUGUUUGUAGUUGAGAAGGACACAGGUGUCAUCAAGUUAGACAAGGCCCUUGAUCAUGAGGUUAUUGAUGCCUUUCACUUUAAAGUCUCUGCCACUAUGAAGCAAGGGCGUAUAGACUCUGUCACUGUUGUGGAUGUGGAAGUAAAGGUACUGGAUUUAAAUGACAACAAGCCUUCUUUUGAAACAAAUAUUUAUGAGGCAGUUGUAAUGGAGGGAAUGCCAAUUGGGACUAAAAUAAUCCAAGUGAGUGCCUUGGAUGCAGAUUGGGGAGCAAAUGGGCAAGUCACCUACAGUUUAGUUCCUGCUCCUAGCACAGAACUGGACUGGACAACAGAACCUUUUACUAUUGACAGCACCACGGGCUGGAUCACCACUUUGAAAGAUCUGGACCACGAGACCCAUCCCUCCUAUAUAUUUGGGGUGAUGGCAACAGAUCUUGGAGAGACCAUUUCUCUUUCUUCUACAGCAACAGUUUCUGUAGUCAUCACAGAUACUAAUGACAAUGCCCCCAAUUUUGUGGAGGAAUUUUACAAAGGUUCAGGAAGAGAAAGCGAUCCGCCGGGGGAGGUGGUAGCAGUACUGCACACUCAAGAUGCUGACACUUCCGAUAUCAACCGCCAGGUCAGCUUUCAUAUAACAGGAGGGAACCCACGGGGAACAUUUGCCCUAGGACUGAUACAAUCAGAAUGGAAGUUGUAUGUUAAGAGAUCACUGGAUCGUGAAGAGCAAGACAUGUACCUUCUUAAUAUCACGGCUACUGACGGGCUGUUUGUAACAAGGGCAGUGGUGGAAGUCACGGUGAUAGAUGCCAAUGACAACAGCCCUGUUUGUGACCAGGUGCUAUAUACCAGAUCAUUUCCUGAAGAUAUACCCCCAAAUAAAGUCGUCCUGAAGAUCGGAGCUACGGAUGCAGAUAUUGGCUCCAAUGCUGAAAUCCGGUACUCCUUGCAUGGGACUGGAGCUGAAGAUUUCUUUUUAGAUGCAGAAACUGGUGAGCUGAAAACCAUGUCUCCUGUGGAUCGAGAGAAGACACCAGUGUAUAAAAUGACAGCCCGAGCCACAGAUGGAGGGGGGCGGUACUGCAAGUCUGACAUCUUCUUAACGAUUGAAGAUGUGAACGACAACCCUCCUGUGUUUUCAGCCAAGCACUACAUGGCCAGCGUUUAUGAGAAUACUGCAACUAAAGCUCUGUUAACUAGACUUCAAGCCAAUGAUCCAGACGUAGGUGUCAACAGGAAGGUAGUAUAUUCUCUGGUGGAUUCUGCAAAUGGUUUCUUCUCUAUUGAUAAAUCCUCUGGCAUCAUUGUUCUGGAGAAGACACUGGACAGGGAGCAGCAGGGUCUGUAUAACAUCACUGUGAGGGCAUCAGACCAGGGCAAAAGCGUGCAGCUCUCUUCCCUUGUGAACGUCACCAUUACAGUGCUGGACAUUAAUGACAAUCCUCCAGUUUUUGAGAGACGGGACUAUUUGGCUACCGUUCCUGAAGAUGUGGCUCUGGGUACCGAAGUCCUAACUGUCUAUGCUGCAAGCAAAGAUAUUGGCACCAACGCAGAAAUUUAUUACAGCAUCAGAUCUGGCAAUGGACAUGGGAAAUUUCAGAUCAAUUCCCACACAGGUACCAUUUCUUUGUCCAAAGAACUGGACUAUGAGACAUGUAAAGAUUACUUCCUCACGGUGGAAGCCAGAGAUGGAGGAACCCCUCCUCUGAGUGCAGUUACUUCAGUCAACAUUAACUUGACAGAUGUAAAUGACAAUGCACCUGUCUUUAGCCGGGAUGCCUACAGUGCGGUCAUCAGUGAAGACGCCAGCAUUGGGGAAUCAGUUGUCAAGUUGAUGGCUGAGGACGUGGACAGUCCAGUGAAUGGGCAGAUUUUAUACUCUAUUGUUAGCGGGGAUCGGGAAAAUCAGUUUUUCAUUGAUCCAAUCACUGGACUAAUGAAAGUCAAUAAACAUCUGGACAGAGAAACGGUGUCUGGCUAUUCUCUGGCAGUACGGGCCCUAGACAGCGGAUCGCCUGCCAUGUCAUCCACAGUAAUGGUGAACAUUGACAUCUCAGAUGUGAACGAUAACCCUCCCCUCUUCAACCCCUCCAAUUACACCACUGUCAUUCAGGAGAAUAAACCCAUUGGUACAAGCAUCUUGCAGCUGUCAGUCACAGACAAGGACUCUUCACAUAAUGGUCCUCCUUAUGAGUUCAGCAUUGUAUCUGGAAAUGAGGGAAAUGAAUUUGCCCUUGACCAGAAUGGAGUACUGAAGUCCGGCAUUGUUUUCAGACGGGAGGGGACAACUGACUAUGUCAUUUGUGUUCAGGCCAAAGACUCAGGAAAGCCUCGACUUUCGUCCAUAUCCUAUGUCUUCAUCCGGGUGAUUGAGGAGAGCAUUCACAAACCCGUUGCUAUUCCUCUGGAGAUCUAUAUUGUGACCAUGGAGGAUGAGUUUCCAGGGGGUGUCAUCGGGAAAAUCCACGCCACUGAUCAGGACGUGUACGACGUGCUCUCUUUCAGCCACAGGUACCAGCAGAAGAGCCUGUUCAAAAUAAACCAGCAGGAUGGAAAGAUCAUCGCCCUGGGGGGCCUGGACACGGGGAAGUAUUUGCUGAAUGUGACGGUGAGCGAUGGCCGUUUUGCUGUGGCGGUGGACGUGAUUGUUCACGUGGAACAGGUCACACCAGAGAUGCUGCAGAACUCAGUCACCAUUCGCUUUGAGAGUGUCACUCCGGAGGACUUCAUAGGCCUGCACAUGCGCAACUUCAAACGGACCCUGCGGAACGUGGUUGCCUCCCAGAAACAAGACACCCUUCAUAUCCUCAGUAUCCAGCCAGUUGCUGGUACCAACCAGCUGGAUAUGCUUUUUGCAGUGCAGACAUUAGGAGGAGGUUUUUAUAAAGCUGCCUACCUCACCCAAAAGCUGAGCACCUCCAGGAGACAUCUGGAGAAUGUACUUCGCAUCUCAGCUAUCCUGGACAAAAACUGCUCGGGCCUAGAGUGCCAGGAAAAGUUAUGUGAGCAGACGAUCUCACUGGACUCCCAUGCCCUGGUGACGUACAGCACAGCCAGGAUCAGCUUUGUCUCACCCCGCUUUCAUAGGAACACCAGGUGCACCUGCAAUGGUGGAAGUUGCCCAGGCUCUUCAGAGUUGUGUGAUGAUCAGCCGUGCCCAGGUGAUAUGCAGUGCGUUGGUGGUGCAGUGAGUCGUGGGCCCUAUAUCUGCCAGUGUCCCCCUGGCAAGCUGGGAGAAUGUGCAGGCCACACAUCUCUGAGCUUCGCUGGAAACAGUUAUAUUAAAUACCGUGUGUCAGAUGGCAGCAAAGUAGAUGAGCUAAGGUUAGGCCUUCGCCUGAGAACUCUGCAGAGUAAAGGCAUUAUCAUGUAUACCAGGGCAGAGCCCUGCACCAUACUGAAGAUUGAGGAUGGCAAGCUGUGGUUCCAGUUGGACUGUGGUAACAGCCCUGGAAUCCUAGUGAUCUCUGGACGGCCUAUUAAUGACGGAAACUGGCACACAGUGUUUCUUGAGCUCAAUCGCAACUUCACGAGUCUGUCACUAGAUGACAUCUAUGUGGAGCGCCGCAGGGCACCCCUACAUUUCCAGCCUUUGGGGCCUGAUGGCUCCAUCUUCUUUGGUGCCCAAGUACAGCCUCCCAAUGCUCGCAGUCUGACCGACAAGAAGAGUCCCUUGGUUCUUGGGGGCUUUCAGGGGUGCUUGGACUCAGUAGUCCUCAACAACAAUGAACUGCCCCUUCAGAACAAGCGGAGCCACUAUGCAGAAGUGGUUGGUCUGACGGAGCUGAAGCUUGGCUGUGUGCUGUACCCUGAUGCAUGUGAAAGAACUCCAUGCCAGAAUAGUGGAAGUUGUGCAAGCCUUCCAUCUGGUGGAUUUGAGUGCAUUUGUACGUCACAGUUCACUGGUGUGAGGUGUGAAACCGAAAUCACUUCCUGUGUCCCUAACCCCUGCCAGAAUGGAGGGUCCUGCAAACCUAUAGGAAAUGCAUUCCUGUGCAGCUGCAGAAGAGGCUUUACUGGACUCACAUGUGAAGAAGAUAUCAAUGAGUGCCAGAGAGAGGAGUGUGAGAAUGGAGGAGUGUGUGUGAACACAUUUGGUGCUUUUUAUUGCAACUGCACGGCAGGGUAUGUAGGACAGUACUGUGGACUCAGGCCAGUGGUGGUACCUAACAUUCAGGCAGGCCAUUCCUACGUGGGCAAAGAGGAGCUGAUUGGAAUCGCGGUCGUCCUUUUCGUUAUCUUCGUCCUUAUCAUUCUCUUCAUCGCCUUCCGCAAAAAGGUCUUCCGCAAGAACUACUCCCGCAACAACAUCACGUUGGUGCAGGACCCCGCCACUGCAGCGCUGCUCAACAAGGCGAACGGGAUUCAGUUUAAGAGCGUGCGCAACAACGCAGACCCGUGCAACCUCUACCAGGAGGCUGGAGGGCCCCCGCAGGUGCCGGUGAGACCCAUGGCCUACACCCCCUGCUUUCAGAGUGACUCUCGGGGCAACCUGGACAAGAUUGUGGAUAGCCUUGGUGUGGAGCACACGGAAAUGACCACCUUCCACCCUGAGUCCCCUCGGAUUCUGACCACCAGGAGGGGUGUGGUGGUGUGCAGCGUAGCCCCCAACCUCCCGUCUGUUUCCCCCUGCCGCUCUGACUGCGACUCCAUCCGGAAGACGGCUUGGGAAGCAGACUCUGACGGAAAAGUAGUAGACAUGGUGGAAGAAGUGACUUGUUUUUCAGGAAGCAACAAAGGCAGCAAUUCAGAGGUGCAAUCCCUUAGCUCCUUCCAAUCUGACUCCUGUGAUGACAAUGCUUCCAUAGUGACUGUCAUUCGACUGGUCAAUGAUGCAGUUGACACAAUCGAAAAUGAAGUGUCUGUUAUGGAUCAAGGGCAGAACUACAACAGAGCUUAUCACUGGGACACUUCCGACUGGAUGCCCAGCACCCGACUGCCUGAUAUUGAAGAAGUGCCAAGUUAUGAAGCUGGGGAAAAUUCUUCUGCGCACCUUGGCAGCACCAGAGAGCUGGAGACUGAUUACUACCUGGGGGGUUAUGACAUCGACAGUGACUAUCCUCCACCGCAGGAGGAAGAGUUCCUCAGCCAGGACCAGCUCCCCCCACCACUGCCAGAGGAGUACCAGGAGCAAUACGACACCCUGCCUGCACCCCAGCCUGUCUCUGUGGAGAGCACUCUGAGCACCAACAGCCGCCAGCGGCCUCGCUUCCACCCCAGCCAGUACCUCCCGCCUCAUCAGUUCCCAACGGAGCUGGAAGCCAUGGGCCCCCAAGCCGGGGAGGAGUUUAGCACUUUCACUAUUGGCCACGGCCAAGACUUGGAGACAGAUAACAUGGACAACAUGUCCAUUACGAUGCGCUUGUCUGCCAAUGCCUCCUCAUCGGACGUUUCUGCCAGCUGCGGCUUUGAUGAUUCAGAGGCGGCCAUUAGUGACUUUGAAAGCGUGGAUGAGCUUAACUUCGACGGUGUCAAUCACCCUUUUAUGGAAACUCAGCAGCAGACUGAAGUGUGAACCCUAGCGGGUUACAAAGCACACCUGUUUUCUUUGCUCUGCCGCAAGGAUAAAAUUCUUAGCAGGGCACUGAAUGAAAUUGCUUUACAAAAUUAAAGGGCACUCAGACUUAGAGCACGCAAGGGUACAAAAGUGGAGGCUGUAAAAGGAUAUGCUGUUAUUGUGAUAGUGCUAAAUCGCUGUCAAGUGAUAGCAUACAUAUGAGUACUCAGCCAUGGACAGCACAAAAUAAAAACUAAGGUUUUUAUUUGCAAAUUUUGACUUUUCUUGGAAAGGUUGCUUCCAUUCUACAUAUUCUUUGUCACUCAAAUGCAAUGACUGGGUACUUUGACAAUCAAGAGAAUGAUAAGAUAUGCCAAUAGAAACAUUUCAACUCAAAAUAUGCAUUUCUGUUCACAUAUAAUAACAAGUUUAGUGAUUACCUUUUUGUUUCAAGUCUGUUUAACUGGUAGCAGAAUAUACAGGUCAAAUUCCAAAAAUAUGUUAAAUAAAAGACCACAAAAGAAAUUUGAAUUUAAUAAAAUAAUUAAAAGAUAAAAAUGUGCUAAUUUGGUUUAAUAACACCGGAUAUGUUUACAACCUUCUCUAUAAACUCUAUAAGCUCUAUCAGCUCUGUAAACUAUCAAGGUCUUCAAUUCCUGUCCUGGGAUGUCAGUAUUUUUAAUGGGAUUUUUCAACCGUAACUAAGUUAAGUGGACCAAUUUACCAGUUGCUCUCUGUUCUUCUGAUUAUGCUGCUUUCAGAGACCUAGAAAAAAAAAUGCAAACACACUUUCCCAACAUGAACAGAAAUUGACCACCUUGUACUGAACAGUAUUUUUAAAAUGUCUGUUACACUAGUGCUCUAGUGCUGAGUUCUAAAGUAUCAGUAUGUGUUGCAUUGUGUUAUGGGAACAUUUAGAGUGUCAAAAUAAGAUGCAGAAGUUUGUCAGGAGUCAGGAACAUACAGAAAUGAAUAUCUCCAAAAUGUGAUGAAUUAUCUUUUUGUCAUAAUGUGGCUCUAAUACAAUUUGUAUGCAUGUCACUGACAGACAUGUCAUAUAAAUACAGUCUCAUUUACAUUCUGUUUUUAGCACAGUUAAUGUGCCUUGUUAUACCCAUUUCACUGAAAGAGACACACCUUUGGUCUGGUAAAUACCUGCACCCAAGAGAUGUGCACUCACAAGAUUGUAGUGUACUUUUAAAGUUGUUUUUUUCUAUGUUUACAAUUGUGUUCAAGCAGCCUUACUUAACAAUGCUGGUAGAUUCCCACAUUAAUUGCAUAGUGUGGUGCAGACCUUUUUUAAAAUCCAUUUGCCUUGUGCCAAGCUGUACUACUGUUUUUUUUUCAGUUCAUGAACAUUACACCUACUGUAAUUAGCCUUACAAAGUCAUACUUCCAAAAUUCAUUGUUAAGGUAUAGAGCUUGAUGCCCUCAGGCUCUCAAAACAUACAAAUAUAAAAGCUUAAUAAAUUCAGAACUAAAAUUAAAACCAGGAAGAAAAAUUAAAACAAUAAAAUAUUUGGACCCUCUAAUCAAAUGAAUGUACUAGGUGGCAGUACAUGUACUAGCAUUGUGUUUGCUUGGCCUGAGGAACAUGAAUCUGUUUUCUCUCAACACCCCUUGGCCAGAACAAUAUCCUGUCUCCAGCGAUCUGCAAUAUGCAGUUCAAUCAAACACAAAAUUCCUGGUAUGGGAAUGAAGUGGGAUUGGGUUUCAAAUAUUUAUAACCUUGCAGAAUAAAUGCCACAUGCUGUUCAAAUUAUACUUGGUGCUCUGUGAGGCCUAACACAUUAUUCAAUAGGAGUUCUUCAAAUUUUGGUGGGUGAAUAUACACGCCCGUUUUCUCAGCAGAAAAAAAAAGAACAAGUUACAAAAUGCUCCGAAGUCACAGUACAGAUUGUCCUACUCACUUGUCUCUUCGCGAAAGUAACCUAGGGAUUGUUAGUAUUGAAACAACACCAGCGGAAGUUGCCACAGUUGGUGUAGUGUAUGUCCGAAUGACCACACAAUAGAACAAGUAUUUUCACAGAAUAGUGUUCAUUAACAGGGAUAUCUUUUUAAAUUUAGCAUAUAAUGGUCUUCUUACAGUUCCGUCUACCACUUUGCUUUAUAUAUUUGGAAGCAUACGAUAAAACAUGUUUAAGCCUUUUAAGUGGGGGGAAUUUUGUUAUUCCCAAAAGUAUUCCUCAGUACUGCAUUUGUUUUCACCCCUUCCUGUGAGUUUAGCACAUUGACCCUAGUCCCAGAGGUAAUCUGUCUAAAUUUCUGAACAACAGUGAAUUUCAGUUCCAUUGUAUUUGAAGCUCUUUAAGCUGAAAUGUGACUCUUUGUAUUGCACUUUUAUUUCCAGUGCAAUUUUCCAGUGUUAAAAGGAGGUACAGUACCUUGUCUCACUAAGGGAAUGCACCGACUGGCUUUAUGUGCAGAUAUUUAAAUUAACUGUUUUAUGAAUCAUUGGAAAAGCCAGACUUCCCUUCACUUUACUUUGUGUCAUGACUUGACUUGACUGUCAGAGAUAAUUGAGGUACAGUAUCUAAGACAAGUACACUCAGAUGCAGCCAUUAAGAUGUAACAUUAGUUGGAUGUCUUUUAUUCAAAAGAGUCUCAAGUGGAAUUAAAAGGGAAAGAUGUACAACACUGCCAUCAUUGUUUCUUAGCACUGAAUAUUUCUUCAAGAGGUGUGCCAGUAUUCUUAAAGCCAUAACAGUGAUGCUUUCAAACUUUAAGGCCAUUGUACAGGUGUCAGGUAGAAAUGGGAGGCUUUUUUAUUCUAGCAUUCUCUUAUACACACCCAUACUCAAGAUAAAGUUUUGAAUCUGGUUUGUGAAUUGAAAUACCGUAUAAUAUCUAGAUAAAGGUAAAGUUUUGUUUUAAAUGUUUCUUUAACUGUAACAAACCAAGAAAAUCAUUUGUUAUUAGAAUCAUUGUCAUGUAAAAUAAUAUGCCUUUUUUUUGUAAAAGAUGUAAGUUUGUGUUCAAAAUGUUGUAUAAAGUGUAUAUAACUAGGCUAUUAAAAUGCAAGAUUUUGUAGAUAUUAAAUUCAACACAGACUGCCUUUUAAUUAUGUUGUUGUUUAUUGUGAAUUUUGGCAGUAAAGAGGCAGUUUGAAAUUAAGGAUAAUUUAACCAUAUUUUCUUUUUAAAACUUAGAAUAUCAUUUUAAUGUUCUGUUUUUUUUCAGUUAUUACUAUUAACCAAUGUUUAAACCAUAAUUUAUUAGAAUAGUCUGGAUUUCAUACAUUGUUAAAUGCACAAAAACUCAUGAAUCAUUAGAUUUUAUACUGUCUGUAAUGUAGCUUCUGAAAACGUCAUAAAAAGGGAAAACUGUCUUUAUUGUUGUUCUUUCCACUUUAAGGACUGCUUCAUAAGAACUUCUGCACUUCUCUUCUUUAUCCUGUUCAGUAUUUUAGGCAGUAUUGAAUUGUGUAUCUAAUUACAGCAAUUGAGUGUACAAAUCGAUUUCUUUUUUAACUGCUGUUUCGUUUUCUAAGUAAAUGUAAAAAAUAAAGAUACUUGAUCAGA